AUGGACGCCUUUUUGAAAGGGGUGAAGAGUGUCAAACCUGUGCAGUCGGGCUCCGGAGAGAAGAAGAAAUCAGGUCCUGUGCCAUGGGUUGAAAAAUAUCGCCCUAGAACUGUGGACGAUGUAGCUGCCCAGGAAGAAGUUGUUGCUGUCAUGAAGAAUACGUUAGCUGGUGGAGACAUGCCUAACGUGCUCUUCUACGGACCGCCGGGAACCGGGAAAACGUCCACGAUUCUGGCAUUCGCCAGGGACCUGUUCGGUGACUUGUUCCAUCGCCGUGUUCUAGAGCUGAACGCUUCGGAUGAGCGAGGCAUUCAGGUGGUGCGAGAAAAGAUAAAGAAUUUUGCUCAACUCACUGCUGGUGGAAAGCGUUCAGAUGGAAAGCCAUGUCCGCCGUUCAAAUUGAUUAUUCUGGAUGAGGCCGAUUCAAUGACUAACGCCGCUCAGGCAGCAUUGAGACGCACUAUGGAGAAGGAAUCGAAAGCCACGAGAUUUUGCUUGAUCUGCAAUUACGUGAGCCGAAUUAUAGCUCCUAUUACAUCUCGUUGUGCCAAGUUCCGCUUCAAGCCCUUGGGUAUGGACCUCGUUUUGGACAGACUCAACUUUAUCGCGAAAGAAGAGAGCAUGGAUUGCAGUCGUGAAACCGGCAAACGACUGCAUCACGUUUCCGAAGGCGAUCUGCGACAGGCCAUCACGCUUUUUCAGUCACUGUCAAAGUUGAAAUCCGGAAAAGCCAUUGAACCCUCGGACGUGGAUGAGGUAUCCGGAACAGUUCCGACUCAAAUCGUUGCAGACUUCAUCGCAGUUUGCAAGCGAAAUUCUUUUGAGAAAAUGGAGCUUUCUGUCGAGGACCUUCUCAGCAAGGGUUUUUCUGGGUAUCAGUUUCUGAUUCAGUUGCACGACUGGGUCGUCACGAUGAAUGAACACGAGUUCAGCUGUGGCUUGAAGGCUACAGUAACGGAGAAAAUUGCAGUUGUUGAUCACCGUUUGAUGGCUGGUGGCGAUGAAUAUCUGCAACUGUUGGAUCUAGGUUGCGUUAUGAUCAAGGCAUUGUCAAAACGCGAUUGA